AUGGGUGGUCCAGGAGGGAAGAUCACUCCCAGAACAGAGUUGAAGAAGAAACUGCUCAAGCAAAGGCAGGUGUUAGGAGCUGUGAUAGAGGAGGGGCUGAUCACAUGGCACCACCUCAAGAAGCAGGUAUCCUCCAGUGCAUGUACCAACAUUACUCUGUCUGGGAAGAAGUGCAGAAAACUCCUCCAGCAGAAAGAAAAGGCAGCUAUGGAAGUGGAAGUCCAGGCAAAGCCAGUCAAGACUAGUGAACCAUAGCCCAAAUCACAAAAGAAGACAGAAGCCCUCCUACCCCCCCAGGAUAAAAAUAUGGAGAACCUUGAAGAUUGGAGCUAAAUCUUACUCCUUUCAUCAGAAGAUUCUCAACUGAAGCCAGGAGGAUUCAGUGGUUGUUUCAGAACACUUCAAAGUAAACACUGCACCUUUUCACUCUCCCUAGACUCCUCUUGCAUAAGGGCCUAGUGACUUUGCCACAGAAGGAUGUGCUGAAAGGAAGAAUAGAAAAGAUAAGAGAGGGGGCUUCUUAGCAGUCAGCUGUAUUUGUAGACCUAGAGUUAUCAAGGAUAAAAACAUCUUGUUUCUUUUUUAUUGUUGAUACUAUUACAGAUGUCCCCUCAUCCCCCCCCUUAUAGUCCCCACCACCCAACUCCUGCCCCCUGGCCUUCACCACAUAGUUGUAUGUGUCCAUGGCUAUGCACAUGUUUCUUCCAAUCAUCCCACCACCCUCCCCUCUGAGAUCUGUCUGUCUGUUUCAUAUAUCCAUGCCUUUGGUUUUAUUUUUUUCAUCAGUUUAUUUUGCUCAGUAGAUUCCACAUGUAAAUGAGAUCAUAUGGCAUUGGUCUUUUUUGACUGGCUUAUUUUCCUUAGCAUAAUAUUCUCUAGGUUCAUCCAUCCUGUUGCAAAAGGUAAGUGUUCCCUCUUUAUCACAGCAUGUAAUAUUCCAUUGGGUAGAUGUACCACAGCUUUUUUUAUCCACUCAUCUACUCAUCUGCUCAUCCACUCUUGAGCCCUUGGGCUGUUUCCUGAUUUUGGCUAUUGUAAAUAACACUACUCUGAGCAUAGGGGUGCAUAUAUUCUUUCUGAUUGAUGUUUUGGGAUUCUCAGGAUAUAUUACCAGAAGUGGAAUUGCUGGAUGAAAUGGCAGUCAUUUUUAAUCUUUUUGAGGAAGCUUCAUAUUGUUUUCCACAGUGGCUGCACCAAUCUGCAUUCCCACCAUCAGUGCAUGAGGGUUACCUUUUCUUUACAUCCUUGCCAGCACUGUUUGUUGAUUUAUUGAUGGUAGCCAUGCUGGCAGGUGUAAUAUUACAUCUCAUUAUGGUUUUAAUUUGCAUUUCUCUGAUGUUAGUGACAUUGAGCAUCUUUUCACAUGUCUAUUGGCCAUCAGUAUGACCUCUUUGAAGAGGUGUC